AUGUCAAACUCAUUCGCGACCAUCCAGUCCAUCGCCGCGUCCACCUUCCGCAAGACGCGCGACGACUCCACCACCGUCGAGAAAGACAAAGACGGCCGUCUCGUGCUCGCCGGCGAUGCCUUCCAGGAGGCCUCCUAUCCCAAGUACCUCCCCACAUGGGACACAACCGAGCACUACGGCCCGCUCACGCCCUUUGACUUUGUCGACCCCGGCACCAGAGCCGACCCCGCGCUGCCCAACCUGUUCCCCGAAAACGGCAGCCAGCAGGUCAAGCGCCUGACUCCCAAGUUUGGCACCGAGGUCCGCGGCGUGCAGCUCUCGUCGCUCACCUCGGCCGGCCGCGACGAGCUCGCGCGUCUCGUCGCCGAGCGUGGCGUCGUCGUCUUCCGCGACCAGGACCUCGCCGACCAGUCGAUCGAGGACGCGAUCAAGUUCUCGUCCCACUUUGGCCGGAACCACAUCCACCCCACCUCGGGCGCGCCCAAGGGCUUCCCCGAGGUCCAUCUCGUGUACCGCUCCAAGAACGACUCGGUCUACGACUCCUUCUUCCAGGACCACAUCUCCUCGAUCGCAUGGCACUCCGACGUCUCCUACGAGCUCCAGCCCCCCGGCGUCACCUUCCUCGCCAUGCUCGACGGGCCCGAAACCGGCGGCGACACCAUCUUCGCCGACACCACCGAGGCCUACAACCGUCUCUCGCCCGCCUUCCGCGAGUUCCUCGGCACCCUCGAGGUCCUGCACUCCGGCGUCGCGCAGGCGCAGUCCUCGCGCGCGCAGGGCGGCAUCGUCCGCCGCGAGCCCGUCGAGACCUUCCACCCUCUUGUCCGCGAGCACCCCGUCACGGGCAAGAAGUCGCUCUACGUCAACCCCCAGUUCUCGCGCUACAUCAAGGGACUCAAGCGCGAGGAGUCCGACGCGCUGCUCAACUUCCUCUACGACUUUAUCAGCAAGAGCUCGGAUAUCCAGGUGCGCGCGUCGUGGGAGUCAAAGUCUGUUGUUGUCUGGGAUAACAGACGGACUGUGCAUUCUGCGCUGUUGGACUGGGAGUCUGGCGAGAGACGUCAUGCGUUCAGACUGACGCCUCAGGCUGAGCCUCCUACUUAUUCUUUUGCGAAGAAGGCGGAGUAA